AUGUAAACAUGUCAACUUUGCUUAAAAAACACUGCCUUGAUCUAGUUGAUUUGCUCUCAUCAUAUCUGUCUCAAAUGCACAAAUAAAACUAAGAAAUUAUAAUAAAGGUAUUUCUUUAUCGUUUAUCUAUCAAAAAGCCAAUUAUAAAACAAAUAUUGGAUUCAAUGUUCACGAUGUUAAAAGAAAACAUUUAGUUACGACUUCUCGAAUCUUCUAAUUGAAUCUCAUGAAUUGAGUUUACUCACUGAUAGAAGCCAACAUCAAUUUUAAUUGAAUGAAGUAAAAUUUUAUUUUAAUAUCAACCUUUCAACACUUUAGAGUUAACUCAUUAUUGAACCACAAAUCUUUUAACGUCGCAGAUCCAUGAAUGCCAUUGAAUUAUUCACCAAAAAUACAUCCCCAAUCAGAAAAGACAAGUCAAAAAAUCCAACUUAAAAAUUAAAACAAUCUAUCAUUAAUGUUAAUAAAUAAAAUGUUCUUAAAUCAAGCACCCAACUCAAAAAUACCUCAAACAAAAAGCCAUCCCAUAAGAGAUGCCAAACUGGAAUUGUAGAAAAUAAACAAGUCUUAAAUAGUAUGUUAAACUUCAAAAAAUUAACUAAACAGAAAACUAGUCCUAUUUAAAAAUGCAAUUCCAUAUUCGAUUAUCUAUUGAGUCUAUCAUAUCAACACACAAAAACAUCAGAUAGAAAACAGUUCAGUCUCGCCAACUCCUCGAAAGCUGACAACAAAAAAAAUACUAAAAGCAGAUGUCACAGCCAAAUUUCAAUCCAAUAAAAAAUUAAAAAUUGAUUCAAAUCAAUCCAAAAAUUAAUCUCAUAUAUUAU